AUGUCUAAGAUGCGAUUCUGGCUGCUUCCAAACAUCCCCAGCCUAGAGGCCGGUGUCAUGCCGUCCACGCAACCGCAUUCGGUAUCGAGUGUUGGGCUCCUGCUUGGAAAUGAGCAAGAUUUAGGUAAUACCAUUCUCGCAGGGAAUGGUAAAGAUCAGAGCGACAUGGAACGAGGCUGUCUUAGCAUCAUAAAGAACAUAUCUUGUACUGGCUUAACACGGGUCGGUAAGCUGUUUAUGCAACAUUCGGCGGACACUCAAAAGAAGCUUGGUCUUGACAUUAGGGGAACUAUCUAUGCAUUGUCUACGAUGACGUACAGACUUGGCGAUCAGUUGAACAUCGAAUAA